UUCUUCACAAAACCAUGAUGGCACCGUUAUUAGCCUACCUUCAAUACACAAUCUUAGCAAUUUCCUUUGUUCUUCUUCUCCAUCACUACACCAAAAAGAAGUUGUUCUUAUGGAACUUGCCGCUCCUCGGAAUCUUACCAGAAUUUCUGCUCAACAUUAACCAGAUUCAUGAGAAAAGCACUCAAAUUCUUGAACAAAACAAGGGUACAUUUCUCCUUAAAGGGGCCUGGCUGGGUCAAAUGGACAUAUUGGUCACCUGUGAUCCUGCAAUUGUGAACUGUGUAAUGAAGGAAAAUUUUUCAAGCUAUCACAAGGGCGUUGAGUGGAGGAAACGGUUUGAAUUCUUCGGAAAUCAUAGUAUGUUCAACACUGAUUUCGACGAAUGGAAGCUCCAUCGAAAUACUUUUCGAAGCUUUGUCAGUCACCAACAGAGCCAGCAAACCGUUGAAAAAACCAUUGGGAGAAUCUUGGAGAAUGGACUCAUCCCAGUUCUUGAGCAUGCCUCUAAACAAUGUCAAGUGAUAGACUUGCAGGACUUGUUCCAAAGAUAUGCCUUCGAUUUUGCUUCCUCGAUGGCCACCGGGCGUAACCCUAAUUCUCUUUGCGUUGGAUUACCGAAAAAUCCAGUUCCUCAAGCCCUAGACGAUGCAUGGGAGGCCAUAUAUUUACGAUUUUUCCUACCAGAGAGAUUGUGGAAGUUGGCGAAAUGGUUAGGGUUUGGGAAAGAACGAAAAAUGAGUGAAGGAAGGGAGGCCGUCGAUCGGUUUUGUGCCGAGCAGAUAUUGAUUAAUAAAAUGAAAUUAAGUGAAGGAAAAACAAAAACCAGCUUGGAAAAUGAAGAGGAUUUCAAUUUUUUGAACUUAUAUUUGACAGGAAAUGAAGAGAAUUCCCCAAAAGUUUCUGAUGAAGUUAUGAGAGAUAACAUGCUAAAUCUGAUUUUUGCAACUGCUGACACAAGUAGUACAGGUCUCACUUGGUUCUUCUGGAUGCUUGAGAAAAACCCUUCUGUUAAGAAGAAAAUUAGGGCGGAAAUAAGAACAAAUUUGCCACAGAAGGGAGGUUGGAAGAAUAGAAUUUUCCGACUAGGGGAGUUGAAUAAGUUGAUCUAUCUUCAUGCGGCUCUUUGUGAAGCCCUAAGGCUGUUCCCUCCGGCGCCUAUACAAAUCCGAACCCCACUUAAAUCGGAAACUUUACCAGGUGGGCAUCGUGUUAAUGAUAAGAUCAACAUUCUAAUAUUCGCGUAUGGAAUUGCCAGAAUGCCAUCAGUUUGGGGGGACGACUGUCGUGAAUACAAGCCAGAGAGAUGGAUCACAGAGGAUGGAAGGAUUAAACAUGAGCCACCAAAUAAAUUCUUCUCAUUCAAUGCUGGGCCAAGGAUUUGUCUCGGCAGGGAGAUUGCUUUUAAUUUAAUGAAGGCCAUUGCAGCAACAUUCAUCCAUAACUACAAUUUUCAAGUACUGGAACACCACCAAGUAACCCCUACUUUGAGUGUUAUUUUUCGCAUGAAGUUUGGGUUGUUGGUUAAGAUUAGUAAGAACUCUACUUGAUUUAGAGCAUUGCUAUCUGCAAUCAGUUUUAAGUAUUUAAUUCGGUAUCCAGUUGAUGUAUUAUUAUA